AUGUCGGUGUUGAAAUUGAACUCCGACAACCAGUUCAUCCGAAGCUUCAAAGGUUACCCUACCAACAUCUUCGUCUACGAUUACAUGGACGACCCCAACGUCUUCGAGAUGAUCCACGCCAGCAACUCCCGCUGGAGUUCUCCGACCGCGGUGGGGCCUACCAUCACGGCCUCGUACAAGGCGCUGGAGGUUUCCGGCGUGACGAUCGGAGGCGACAAGCUGACGGAGCUGGCCAAGGACCUGACCCUCACCGACCGGAACGGCCAGACGUUUCACCUCAUCGUCAAUCGCCAGGGCCUCUGCUUCGUGUACGUGGCGAGCCAGCCGAUCAUGCGGCUGAGGAUCAACGACCGCUUCGGCUGGUCCAAGUACGGGGUGAAGCCACGGAUCAGCACGGUGUGGAGCGUGUGGGACAUGAGCAGCGGUGCCGUUUUGGUGGCUCCGCCGGCUAAUGAUGGUACUGCUGCUGGUGGCGGUGAAAAGUAUUCGGCGUUGAACGAGAGCUGGAAGAAGGUAGUGGAGGAGAAGGAGAAGGUGAUGGAGGAGAAGGAGAGGGUUAUGAAGGAGAAGGAGAAGGUGACGGAGGAGAAGGAGUCGUUGUUGAGGAAGUCGCUUGAAGAGAAGGAGAAAGAGGUGAUCGCUCUUAAGGCUGUGGUGACGACACUGAGUGGUGAUUACUAA